UCAUCAAUUCCUCCCAGAGCAAUCGACACCCAUGUACAUGUCUUUGACCCAAAGUUGGGGCCGUAUGCACCCGGAAGGGCAUACACACCCGAGGAUGCACCGCUGGAGGAAUUAAUAGCGUUCAACCAGAAUUUAUCGAAAAUUUUUGAAAAUAGCACCUUGGUGCUAGUCCAGCCUUCUCCGUACGAGAAUGACUGUUCAGUCAUGAUGCAAUGCUUGCAGCGACUAGAAGAUCAAAAUAUCGACGCUUUUGGUAUCGUUGUGCUCGAUCUUGAUAAUGUUACCGACGCAGAACUGGCAACCAUGCAUACGAUUGGUGUGCGAGGUAUUCGUUUGAACCUACAGGCAGAUGGCAAAGAAGUCAAUAUUGACAAAUUGGUAUUCGCUUUGCAAAAAACUGCGGACCGCAUUUGUCACUUGCCUGGCUGGAUCAUCCAACUGUUCGUCCCAGGGUGGUCAUGGGACCAUCUCUAUCAGACUAUUCUUGAUCUCCCCGUUCCGGUGAUUGCAGACCACCUUGGGGGCAUGCUUGGCCCAUCCAAGUUGCCUUCUUCUUUGCAGUCAUCUUCGACAUUACAACCCGGUUUCAAAUCAUUACUAUUGCUAGCAAAGCAGUCCUGUGUAUAUGUGAAGAUCUCAGGGCUAUAUCGCAUGUCAAAUGAGAUUUCGUCGAACUUUAGCGAUCUGGAGCUCAUCGUUCGGACCUUCUCCCAGGAAAUUCCCGAUCAGGUCAUUUGGGGAAGUGACUGGCCACACACCGGAGAAGGAAAGAAUAGGUCAAAGGAGAAGUUGGAACAAAAAGAGGCAUUUAGAGUCAUUGAUAAUCAUGUUAUUAUGAAACAAUUACAGCGUUGGAUGGGCAGUGAUGUCUAUAGAAAAAUGUUAGUGGACAAUCCGAGUUGCCUCUAUACCUAG